GCUUCCGCCGGCGGAGCACGGAGAGGGCGUGUAGGCCAUUUCCGGGUCGUACGGUGUUGCUUAUCUGGCACGUGUGUAUCUGCUGGGUGUCUGGGCUUGGUGGGACCCGCUUACGGCGUCAGGAUGAAGGCGAGAAGAAAUAAAAAGCAGGUCCCAAGCUUUCGGAAGUUGAUAAAAACCAGCAAGGUUAAACUUGAAAACAAGCUAAAAAACAAGCAGUUUAAACAACAAAGCACGCUCAAGAAGUACCGAAAAGAGCAGCGGAAGCUAAGGCAAGCUGUGAAAGAUGCUGUGUCUAAGAAACCCGUCCCCUUGGAGGACCCGAAGGAAAAACGGGCAGGUAAAAGAGUUGAGAGGGAGGAAGAGGAAGAAGAGGAAGCUCUUCCCUUAGAUAUGAUGGAUGAAGAUGACUUACAGUUACUGAAGGACUUAGGACAAAAAGCAUCUUUUCUAACGAGAGAUCUUUCAUCUAGUGAGCCCGUACAUGCCAAGAAACGAAAGCAUGAGCACAUUAUAGAGAAAUAUGAAAAAAUACCAAGAACUCUGCAAACUGCACCUGAAAAGGAACUGAUUCAUUUGCUUCCUAUCAAAGAUAAAAGUGGUAUAAUUCCACAGACGAGAGAGAAGCCAGUUAUUGACAAUAGCAAAGAUGAAGAGGACCCAGCAGAGAUGGAAUUUGAGGAAGAAGUUGUGGAGAAUCCCAUUAAAGAGCUAACUGUGGAGGAGCACUUGGCUGAGCGGAAGAAGAAAUUACAAGAGAAGAAAAUGCAUAUUGCAGCCUUGGCCUCUGCCAUCGUAUCAGAUCCUGAAAGUAAUAUUAAGAAACUGAAAGAAUUACGGUCCAUGCUAAUGGAACAAGAUCCUGAUGUGGCUGUUACUGUUCGGAAGCUGGUAAUCGUUUCUCUGAUGGAGUUAUUUAAGGAUGUUACUCCUUCCUAUAAAAUUCGACCCCUAACAGAAGCAGAAAAAUCUUCCAAGAUCCGUAAAGAAACCCAGAAGUUAAGAGAAUUUGAAGAAGGCUUGGUUAGCCAGUACAAAUUUUAUUUAGAAAAUCUGGAGCAAAUGAUUAAAGAUUGGAAGCAAAGGAAGCUGAAGAAAAGUAAUGUCAUUUCCUUAAAGGCGUACCGAGGACUGGCAGAAGUGGCUGUGAAGAGCCUGUGCGAGCUGCUGGUGGCGCUACCCCAUUUUAAUUUUCACAACAACAUCAUUGUAUUAAUUGUCCCUCUCAUGAAUGAUGUGUCCAAAUCGGUGUCUGAAAUGUGUUGUGAGGCAGUAAAGAAACUUUUUAAACAAGAUAAAUUAGGCCAAGCUUCUCUUGGUGUAAUUAAAGUGAUUUCUGGUUUUGUGAAGGGCAGAAAUUAUGAAGUCAGGCCAGAGAUGUUAAAAACAUUUUUGUGCCUAAGAAUAAAGGAAGUAGAAGUAAAGAAAGAUACUGAGGACAUUAAUAAACCAAAAAAGUUCAUGACUUUCAAGGAGAAGAGAAAAACGCUAUCGCGAAUGCAGAGAAAGUGGAAAAAAGCAGAAGAGAAACUAGAGCGGGAGCUUUUGGAGGCGGAAGCUUCAGAGAGUACUGAGAAGAAACUUAAAUUGCACACAGAAACUCUGAAUAUUGUGUUUGUAACAUACUUCAGAAUAUUGAAGAAGGCACAGAGAUCGCCUCUCCUGCCAGCAGUGCUGGAAGGUCUUGCCAAGUUUGCUCACCUUAUCAAUGUCGAGUUUUUUGAUGAUUUAUUAGUAGUUCUUCAUACUCUCAUUGAAUCUGGUAAUCUGAGUUAUCAAGAAAGCCUUCAUUGUGUGCAGACUGCUUUUCAUAUUCUUUCUGGGCAAGGUGAUGUUCUGAAUAUUGAUCCAAUGAAAUUCUAUACACAUCUCUACAAGACACUGUUCAAGUUACAUGCAGGUGCUACCAAUGAAGGGGUAGGGAUUGUACUCCAGUGUCUUGAUGUCAUGCUAACCAAGCGCAGGAAGCAAGUUUCUCAACAGCGAGCCCUGGCCUUCAUCAAACGUCUUUGUACCCUUGCUCUUCACGUUCUUCCAAAUUCAAGCAUUGGCAUUUUGGCAACUACCAGGAUAUUAAUGCAUACUUUCCCAAAAACAGAUCUGCUGCUUGACAAUGAAUCUCAAGGAAGUGGAGUUUUCCUCCCUGAGCUAGAUGAACCUGAAUACUGUAAUGCUCAGAACACCGCUCUGUGGGAACUGCAUGCACUGCGGAGACACUAUCAUCCCAUAGUGCGUAGAUACGCAGCACACCUCAUUGCCGGUGCACCUGUUGAAGGCUCUGAAGCACUCAGGCCCGAGCUGAGCCGAAGAUCUGCAUCUGAACUUUUUGAGACUUACAGCAUGGCAACAAUGACAUUCAACCCUCCUGUUGAAUCUUCACAUGCUAAAAAGAAGGAUAAAGUUGUACAAGGUGAUUCAGUUUUAAACGAAGAUCUAAAUCAACUAAUCAAAAGACAUUGCAAUGAAGCUGCUAUUCAGUCACCCCUGGACUUCACCAAGCAUUUGACAACAUCAUUGCAGCAGUAAAAAUGAUGAAGUGAACUUUGUUAGACUGUGUGUGCGCGAAUACAUGUCAAGGUAUGCUGUCUACUUAGGAAACUCUCCUUGUAAAAAGAAAGGUCCUAAGAAUGGUUAGAGGACACAUUACCGCUUCUGUGACAUCCUGAAAACAUUUCAUUGAGGAUCUAAAGUCUUUCCUUGACAGCAUUUGAAAAUUUCAUCAUGUUGCCUUUUAAAAAUUUAAUGUACAUAUUAAGUUACAGUAUUCUUUAAAAAAAAACUUGGAUUGAAUCUUAUCGGAAUACAGUUUCUAUAUAGAAUAGAAAAAUCAAGAUUAUCAAAA